AUGUGGGCCGAAAAAUUUACAGCAUUUGGAUAUGUUGAAUUUGAAGACAAGCCCAGUUUUGAGAAUCUCAGUAGUGUGCAUCCCACAUGUGUUGUGGAUCCCACAUGUGUUGACCAUCCCCCACAUUCCACACAUGUUGAGGAUCCCAAACAUGUUAAGGAUCCCACACAUGUUGAGAAUCCCACGUGUGUUGUGGAUCGCACUUGUGUUGUGGAUCCCACAUGUGUUGACCAUCCCACACAUGAUGACUAUCCUACACAUGAUGACUAUCCCACAUGUGUUGGUCCCAUAUGUGUUGAGGAUCCCACGUGCUUUAAACAAUCCACAAAAGUUGAACAUCCUAUUUGUGCUGAGGGUCCCACAGAUGUUGAACAUUCCACAUGUGUUAAACAUCAAACAUGUGCUAAGCAUCCCACAAGUGUUGAUCAUCCCAUACAUGUUGAAAAUCCCACAUGUGGUGAACGUCCCGCAUGUGUUAAGCAUCAUAUGAGAAAAGUGAGAGCAGUUGACUUCAUGAGCGUAAGCAGUGAAAUAAGUGAUGUUACCAAAAGUACACCAGUAAAGCAGAUGAAUAGAGCGAGACGGAAAAGUAAAUCAAGGAGUGAAGUUAGCUCUCAGAUGGAUCUGUUUGAGGACUUUCUUGUUGACCAAAACAAACAUGAGUGGGAUGAAGUGAUAGCUAAGCUAAAUUCAGAACAAGAAACCCUAAAGAAGCAACUGGAUGAGUGCUUGAGUCGGUGUAGAGGCCUGGAGAGUGACAAUGAGGCAUUACUCACCAACAUUUCAGCUCUGUGGAAGACGGCACUGUCACAACUACGACUCAAGACCAAUGAGAUAAAUAAACUGCAAAGAGAGAAAGAGGCACUCAUCUUUCGGAGGGCAAUGCGGCAGGUCCCUAGAGAUGAGCUUGAUCUUGUUGUGUCUCGCAUUACUGCCUACAACAAGGAGGAAUUUGCUUCAUUUAUGCAGAGUCUGCAGAAGGAGGGAAAAGAAUGUGCUUGUGGUAAGAGAGAAUUGACUUUUGCCAGAAAAGGAAAUGUUAUCCAACAGAUUCAGCGUAGUGUAAGAGGAGAGCGCAUUAGCUCCCCCACAGACAAUGAUGCCCGCAGUCUCCAGAGCAUGAUGGGAAAACUAGGAGAAAGAGUUACAUACUAUGAGGAGAAAGUUGAUAUGAGUAGGACUAGGUUAUUUAGGAGGUCAUGGGAUCAAGUGAAUUCAGAAAAUCAGAGUUUUAUUUCUAGUUAUGAGGGUGAAAAGUUACAAAGAAAUAUUAAUUAUCCAAUUGACUAUAACCAUGAUAGGUCAAAAACAUGUAAUGAUGACAAAAGUGGCAGAAUAAGUGUGUUUUCUAGGUUAGGGAAUAGAGAAGCUUUAAAUCAAAAUGAGGCCAAUUACCCAGUUGAUGUCCCAGCUGCUGCUCAGAGUGAUAAACAUGUCAAAAUACUUUACAAAUCUAAUAAUAUACAUUUGCAUACUCCGGGAUUAUUGAAUACUGAAGCCAAAAACAAGAGUAAUGGUAGUUUUAGAGAGAAAGAUGCAACAGGUGAGCUUCAAGAAGCAGGAAGCUUGGAUAUGAAAGGUUCCACUGACACAAGUGAUGCAGCUAGGGUUAAAAAUUCAUUGAGUACAGAUUCUCACACAGUGCCUGAAGAACAAAAAGAAGCUUGGAAGAAAGACAAGACUUGUAAUUUUACAGAAAAUGAAAAUUCCAGUGCAUUACAAGAAGAUGAAAUGUUGACAAAAUCACUCUUUGGUCAGAGAAUGGCAGCUAAAUUUAAAAACAUGAAAAAAUCACAAACAGUGUCUAAUGUUAAUUUAGUCUCAAGGCAGUCUUUAGCAGAAAAUUCUGGUACUGAUUCUCGUUCAUUGUUAAAAUUAACAGAUAAUAAAGUAAAUGAUAAUUUGGUAAUAUGUAGUAUGCAUUCUCUUACACAAAAAGGAGAUAAAGAAAGUGAAGUAAAUAAUGUGGAGUGUGUAAAACCCGUUGUUCAUGAAGGGGUGCAUAUUGUGCAAAAAAAACUUGAAAUCAAGAGGAAUCCAUCUGAUAACCCUAAAAAUCUGAGAGAUAUUUCUAGUUUCUCAGAUUCAGAAAGAACAAGGUCUGUAUGCCAUGAAUAUAAAUCACAGAAUAAAAGCUGCCACACACAGUUGAAAGAGAAAGGUAAAAACAGAGCAGGAAAAAAAUGUGAACUGCAUUUAAAAGACAUUAGUUCCAAAGAUUCAAAUGCCUGCAUGGUCAUUAAUAGUCCAGAAGGUGAAAACAAAACACAGGUGGAUGAUGGAAGACUUCAAAAAUUAGAAGUAAUGGGGGUGAAUGGCAUACCUUCUAAUGUAGACAGUAUUAUGAGAACAGGCAUGAAAGAGUCUUCCUACAGUGAAACCACAAAAAUUAAAGAACCUGAAGUAUUGAGAAAAAUACUUGAGGGAGAAUUGGACACAGAACAUGGAAAGAAUUUAAAGAAAAUCAUACUGUUAUACCCUAACAAACCAAAAGUAUUGAAUAGAGAGAAAGAUCUCAGUACUUCUAGUGAUUUUUGCCCAGAGAAUUUAGAACUGAAAGACAGAAGUACAGCAGAUGAAAGUUUACCUAAACAUGGACACAAAACUAUUAUAGAAGACAGACUAGAAUGCAGAGAAAGAAAGAGUGAUAAUACAAACAAGAAAGAUCAUAUGGAAGAAACAAGGAAAGCAGAAAAAACUAAAGUAACUUUUGAAGAAAAGAAACAAGCAAAAGAAAAGGAGGGAAGGAAAAAAAAUCAGGAGCAUAAUACAGAGAAGCCAGAAGAGAACAAGGAGAGGACAGGAUCUGAAGGAAGACCCAGAAAAGAUAUAAAAUAUCAGAAAGAAAAGAGAAAUGUAUCAUCAAAAGUAGGAACAAGAAAAGGGUCAGAAGAAGAACUGAAAAGUGAUGUAAAGUCAAUCUGUAAAGAAAGAAAAGGAACUAAAUCAAAAGAGGGAAAACGAAAAAAAAAUAAAUCAAAGGAAAGUAUAGAAAAAUUGGAAGAUGAAGAAGGAAAAGUGAAAUUAAAGGAUGAGAAAAGAAAAGGAAUAGAAUCUAAGGAAGAAAAAGGAAAAGUGAAGUCAAAGAAAGAUGAAAGAAAAAUAAUAUUAAUUGAGGAAGAAAGAAAUAUGAAGUCAGGAGAGAGAAAGAGAAAUGAAAUGAAGUCAAAGGGAAAAGCUAGAAAUAUGAAGACAAAGGAUGAAGAAUCACAAGUGUCUGGGAAAGUUGUAAAAUUCAAGCAGGCUGAAGCAUUGGCAGAGAAGCAGCUCGGGGCUGAAACAAGUGAUAAUUGUAAACAGAAAACUGAGGAAUAUGAAAGGUUAGAAGUGGAGCAAAACAUUAGUUCAGAAUGCAGAAAAAUGCAAAUAUGCCAGUUAGAAGAGAAAAAGCAAAAUUUAGAUAUAAGAGAAAAAUAUUUGAUAUCACUAAAAAAUGAAAAAAUGCAGGAAAAUAUUGCAUUUCAAGGAUUACACAGUGCUUCUGAAGGAGAAGCAGAAAGAAUCAGAGACAUGCACAAUCGUGAAAGAAAUAUACACAGCAACAAAGGAAACAUGCAUAGUAAUAAAAAUAAAGUACAUGUUAGUGAAGGAGAUGUGCACAUUGGCAAAAGAGACGUACACAGUAAUGAAAGAGACAUACAUAGUGAAAGAGAAAUACACAGUAGUGAAAGAGAGAUAUACAAUGAAAGAAAUGUACACAGUAGUGAAAGAGACAUACACAGUAAUGAAAGGAAUGUACACAGUAGUGAAAGAGAGAUACACAGUAAUGAAAGAGAUGUACACAGUAGUGAAAGAGAUGUACACAGUAGUGAAAGAGAUGUACACAGUAGUGAAAGAGAUGUACACAGUAGUGAAAGAGACAUACACAGUAGUGAAAGAGACAUACACAGUAAUGAAAGAGAUAUACACAGUAAUGAGAGAGAUGUACACAGUAGUGAAAGAGAGAGAUACAAUGAAAGAGAUGUACACAGUAAUGAGAGAGAUGUACACAGUAGUGAAAGAGACAUACACAGUAACAAUAGAGGUGUAUACAGUAGUGAAAGAGACAUACACAGUAGUGAAAGAGACAUACACAGUAGUGAAAGAGACAAACACAGUAAUGAAAGGAAUGUACACAGUAGUGAAAGAGACAUACACAGUAAUGAAAGAGAUGUACACAGUAGUGAAAGAGAUGUACACAGUAGUGAAAGAGAUGUACACAGUAGUGAAAGAGACAUACACAGUAGUGAAAGAGAUGUACACAGUAGUGAAAGAGACAUACACAGUAAUGAAAGAGAUAUACACAGUAAUGAGAGAGAUGUACACAGUAGUGAAAGAGAGACAUACAAUGAAAGAGAUGUACACAGUAAUGAGAGAGAUGUACACAGUAGUGAAAGAGACAUACACAGUAACAAUAGAGGUGUAUACAGUAGUGAAAGAGACAUACACAGUAGUGAAACAGACAUACACAGUAGUGAAAGAGAGAUACACAGUACUGAGAGAGACAUACUGUUAAAUAUUAAAUCUGCUGGAGAAGAACAAGAAGAAAACCAGGUGUUUGACAGUGAGCUUGGAGAAAACACAUUACAUAACAUACAUGACCCUAGAGGUGAGGAGAGCAUUUUUCCACAGGAAGAAGAGCUUAUGUAUGAUGGAGAAACGGAUGAUAGUGAAAAUGAUGACUCUUUUCACUAUAUAGAUGAGUUAAAUUUUAAGGUAAACAUUAAUACAUUGGGGGGGAGAGAUGAUAUAUGUAGCACUCAAAAUAAAAGUACUGAAGCUAAUACUUUGCCCAACAGAAAUGCACAUGAUGAGAAAGUGUAUGCACAAUUAAGUAGUGAAUGUUUGGACAAGAAAAGUAAUGGAAUUAAGGAACAGUUGGACAAGAAAAAUGUUCAGGAAAUUGGAAAACAGUCUAACAAGGAAAACAGUAAGGAACAGUUGGACAAGAAAAAUAUUCAAGAAAUUAGAGAACAACCUGACAAGGAAAAUAAUAAGAAAAUUGAGGAACAGGCCGACAAGAAAAAUGUUCAGGAAAUUAAGGAACCGUUGGUCAAGAAAAAUAUUCAGGAAAUUGGAGAACAGUCUGGCAAGGAACAGGUGGAUAAGGAAAAUAAUCAGGAAAUUAAGGAACCAUUGGAUAAGAAAGUACGUAAAAACAAAAGUGUUCAUGAGAGAUUGUGUUUUAAAAACAGAGUGUGUGAUGGAAGGAAAAGUACUUCUAAUGAUUACACAGAAAAGACAUUGCAAAAUAAAUCUAAAAGCUGUUCUUCAAGAGAUGAUGACUCCAAUUUCCAAGAUUUAAGAGACGAGAAGAUUUGCUUAAAGAACAAAUCUCCCCGAAAGAUGUGCCAUCCUGAAAGACUUGAUAAUAGGAUUAAAAUAGUAACCCAGAACAUUGAGAAAACAAAUAUUUCAGGGACUGAUGAGAGCAUUAGCCCUUUAAUGUUCAGGGAAAACAAGAUGCAUUCUAAGAAGAGUGGUGUGCAAGAAUUUCCACAGAAAAGAGAAAAUAGUAGGCCUGUAAGAACAAGGACUUCUAAAUUGCAGAGAGAAAAAACCAACAAAGUGGAUAGGAAGAGCCUUCAGGAGCAAAAAAUAAUAAGCCCUGUGUCACAAAGAAAUGAUAGGCCUCAUGCAUCACUGCAGAGAUGUAGUGCUAGCCCACAGAGAACAAAUGAAGGUAGACAUCUAACCAGGAAAACUGAAGAGCUGAUGAUAGAAGACACAACAUAUAGGGAUAAAAAUUGCUGUUCACCUCAGGGUAAGGCUGAAAGAGGCAUUCUCAAGAGAAAAGAAUGGCAGGAUAGUUUGGAUGAAAUACCAACUAAGAGAAAGAGAGGAUCAAUAAAGAGCCGUUUGAGUAGGCCAUCAAAUAGUGAUAAUGAAAAUGAAAAUUUUAUAAGGCACAGGAGGCAUGCUUCACCAGAGCAAGAGAGUAGCAAGAGAAUGAGCACUAGACUAAGAAUUCAGUCUGCUGAUGUAAGACACAGGGAUCGUUCUGCCAGUAAUAUUCAAGAUAGAGAAAUUCAUAGGAAUAGGAGGAUGGGCUUCAAUGAGAAGGAUGUAUUAGGUAACAAGUACCACAGCAAGGAAACUUUGGGGGACAAAGAUGCAGUGAAAAGUAAGUCCUCUAAGAUACCAGUUGAUAGUAAAUUAUUGCAGAUAAUGCUGUCCCAGACUCCUUCAAAAUAUUCCCAGGUAGAAGAAGAAAAAGAAGAAGGAGAAUUAGAUGAUGAGGAUGAUGAAUGUGAAGCUCUAAUAUCAGAAAUAAAGAAAUCGGAUAAGGGUCAAGCUAAUAGUACUAUUUUAAAUAAAGAGAAUGAAUUAAAACAGGAGAUUGCAGUAGACAAGAGGCUGAAAGCUCACAGGCCAGAAAGUAAAAAAAUCUCUAAUGAAACAAAGGAUGAGGAGCUACAUUAUCAAGAAAAUUUGCUUAAGGAAAAUAAACAUUUGUGUGUAGAUAAGCAAAUUAGGUCAUCCAAGAGGGUAGCUAAUUAUAAAGGGGUUAAUGUUUGUAAAGAAGAGAUAGUUUCUGGGAUAAAAAAUUGUGACGAAAAUAAGGAGCUUGGUAAGAUUUCAGGAGAGGUGAAGAGUAAGAUUAAGUCAGUUGAAAACUCCAGAGAAACUAUGACAAAAAAUCACAGAAGAGAAUCAUAUGACACUAAAGGUAUUAUUGAGGAUUCUACAUUCUACUCCACUGAUCUCUCCCAAGAUGUCCCACAGCAGUCAAAAACUGAUAAAAUGAUCCUGCCAUCAGUUUAUGGGUCAGCAUCAAGUAAUGAUGACACAAUUGAUAUGAUUGUUCAGAGGCACAAUGAAAAAUAUUCUUUUUGCCAUGACAGUUCAAGUAAUGACUCUGAAAUGUCCCUUUUGCAAUUUAUUAAUGAUGAGUCAGAAGUCACAGUAGAGGAUAUUGGAAAACAUCAAAUAGACAGUAAGUCUGAAGCUACUAAAUUAGGUGAGAGUACUAUUAAUAGCAAAAAUAAAUUAUGUAGUGUAGAGAAUAAUGAAGUAAACAUUAAAUCCAAGACUAAUGGUCUUUCUCAGAAAACUGCACAUAUUCCCAAUAAGUCUGCCUCUAGAGGCCUGAAGGGUAAAAUUUCAGAACAACAACUUUUUAACAAGACUAUGGCAAGUUUUAAUAGGAAGGAAAUUGAUGACCCAUUUGCUACAGUGAGUGAAAGUGUUAAUAUAAGCAAUUCAGGAAACAUUCCUGCAGUAAAUUUGGAUUGCACACCAACUCAAGACACUGAUGCUAGAGUAAAAGAGGUUAAUCAGUCAAUUAACUUGCAAUUUACAUACAGUGACAAGCAAGUCUCUGAGAAUGACAUCAGAGAGAAAGAGUCAAAUCUCACCAAACACAGUACAGGUAAAACAAGUAAUAUUAGGGACAAAAUUGAGGUUGCAAAUUCGCGUAGUUGCAUUACUAAUCAGGAAAAUAACAGUUGCAAUAUAACCUCUGCUAGUGGUACCCAGACUCAUAAAAAAUAUGAAUCCAACAAUACCAAUAUGAGUUUAGGUAUCACACAGGACUUGGGUUCACUGUUCUCUCCUGAUACCAACAGUGAGGCAGAGCAUCUUGUGCAGACAGGACAUGGAUCAAGAAACAGUGAUGAUAGCAACUCCUCUAGCAGCUCCAGUGAUUCAGAUUCUGACAGUGAUUGUGAGUGUAGCAAGUGUGAUAGCAGUAGCAGUAGCUGCUGCAGCAGCUCUUCUUCAGGAUCUGAUACUAACUCAGAAGUUGAUAUUACAAACCUUUCUGAUGGAAAACAUUUUGGUUUGGACGAUGAAAAUAAAAAUAACAUGAAGGACUUAACUCUAGAUUCAGUGAAAAAACUUGAGGAAACAACUAGCAACCUGCUGCCUAUUUUGAAUAAUCCAUUGUCAAGUAAAAUUUCUGAUGAACUUCCUCCUAGAGAGACUGGACAAGAAUCACCUCGGUCUUUAAUAGAGACCUUGCAAAAAACACCACACAAGGCCCAUAAGUCACCCUGUAGGAAAGCACCACAUAAGUCACCUUUCAAGAGAACUCCAUGCAAGUUGUCCAGCAGAAAAACUCCACAUAAGUCACCUUGCAGAAAACCUCCACAUAAGUCACCUUGUAGAAAGACUCCACAUAAAUCACCGUGCAGAAAAACUCCAUGUAAAUCACUCUGCAGAAAAACUCCACAUGAGUCACCUUGCAGAAUAACUCUCUCAACCUCUUAUAGUGAUCCUGGAAACAAGAUAAAGAAUAUUCUGCAUGCCUCUCCAAACUCCUGCUUCACUGAGAAAGCUCAAGAUGACUCUGCUAAAGCUAGGCCAGAUGUUUCUGUAAUAAAUUCUGAGGACAUAGAUAUCUCUGGAAUUAAGACCAGAAUGUCAGCCCCCAAGGAAAAAACUGGGUAUUUAGAGACAGCUGAGACUGGGAUAGAACGAAAGGGUAACAGGCAAAGAAAUUUACUUGCUACCAGUAAUGUAAGCCAAGAAAUUAUACAGUCAGAUCUUAUUCAGAGUCAGUUGUUGGAGAAUAAGAAAUAUCAGACUAACAGCAUAGAAACAAGGCUUGGUAAUUCAUGCAAUCAAGUGGUUUGUGUAAAGCAAAAAUCAGUACCAUCAUCUACAGGCAAAUCUAGUUCAGUAAUAGAAACUGUUGUUCGGUAUAGACGGAGAAGAGUGGGAAAUUUUAUGGCAAAUACUGCUUCAGAAAGUAAGUUAACAUGUGUAAAUGUUCAAAAUGUCAUCUCGGUUGUGCACAGUGAUAGUGAAGCUUCAAGUUCUGUACCCUGCAAAAAGCCUUUGAAGAAUGCCAGUAACAAGUUACCAAGAGAGAGAAAUUCUGAGAGAAAGGCCAAAGCACUCCCUGAAUUACCAUUCAUGUCUCCCAUUAAAGAGAAACCCAUUUAUCCUCAGAAACGACAGUUGUCACCAAUAAUUUGCAUAACAGAGAAGGAAAAUAUAGGUAGAAAGAAAAUGAGAGUGUCAUCACCAGAAAUGUGUAACAAAAUUCCAAAUAAAUUGUCUUUUCCAAAUGUGGACAACAGUGAAGAAAACAUUAAGUAUAAUGACAAGCCUUCAAGUGCAGCAAUUGUAUCAGGUUCCCUAGUGACAUCAUCAGAAACUCAUCCUACAAAUGACAGAGUGAUAGUUCCUGUCAAGAGGCAUCAAGUAAAAAGGAAGUUGAAUUUAGGGAUUUCAAGUUCAGCUGCACAAAGUGUUGUAGUGAUAACAUCAGAAAAUACAUCAUAAUUUGAGGCAAUUUGUAAAUAAUAUAUUUAUGUAAUAUUACAAGUACUUCACCAAAGACUGCCUCAGGUACGAUUCAGGAAAGUUUUUCUUCAUAGAAGUCCCAGGAAGAGCCCACAAAAAUAGUUGAUUACUUUAAACCUUCAUUAAAUUUGUCUUAGCUAAAAAUAAAAGAAAAAUUAACAGACAGACCAAAAGAGCUUAACAUCUUAAGAUAAUUAGCCACUGCCAGUCAUAUCUUUGAACUGUAGGUAUUGUAUGAAUAAGGACUGAGAGAUGUACCUGACAGCUGACCAAGCUCUUAGAAUCUGAUUAUUUAAUUUACUAUUGUUUAAAUUUAGCUAUUUAUGUAAAUGUGUAAAGAAUAUGUAAUGUUUAUUGUUUUAUGCAUAUUAAGAGUAUAUUUACUGUAUACCUAUGCAAUAUAUUACUGUGCUUUGUUAUGGAAGUUAAUCCACAAUAGCAGCAAUAAAUUUGAAUCUUAUCUUAGGUGUCAAAUAUUGGUGUAUUGCACCAGUACUAUACAUCAGUUUUUUAACUUGUUUUAUUUCCACUUAGUAUAGCAUAGUCUUUAAAUAAUGCAUCACUGGUUUUGGCAGUCCAUUGUCUUUGAUGUCACAGGAGGUACAUAUGUUCAUAAUUAUUGUACCUGUCUGUAACUGCAGAAGCAGAGCUAAGUUUGCAGUGUUCCAGCUUAGGUGUUUAAUGUGUCUUAUACACACACACCCUCCCCUCACUUAGAGAUGUACUCGUUUACCAAUGCCUCAGACUUACGACAGGCUCUCUGACCAGUAUUCAUACCUAAAUAAUGUAUAUUAGAGCUGAUUUUUCUCUAUUCUGUUUAUUUCAUUAUACAGUACACUACUGUAUAAACAUUUAAAAAUAUACCAGAAAUGUUAUAAAUGGUGUAAAGGUGACAUUAAAACAGUAUCAAAGAUGGUUGACACAAACUCACUACCAUUAUAGUAUGCUCCUCACUUAGUGAUGAAUUUGUUUAACGGUGUGGUCUUAGUAAC